GAUCACAUGACGUCCUCACCUGCACUCUGGACCGCAGAUAAAAGCCUGCUCCGCACAAUCUGAAGGUCAGAGCGAACAUGGCGACCCGCUGGGGAAUCUGUGGAGCUGGAAAAAUCAGCCAUGAUUUCUGUGUUGCUCUGAGGACACUUUCUAACGAAGAUCACCAGAUAGUUGCAGUUGCAUCAAGAAGCCUAGAAAGUGCAGAGAAGUUUGCAAAAACCCACAGCAUCCCAAAAGCAUAUGGCAGCUACCAGGAGCUGGCGAAGGACCCCAAUAUUGAUGUGCUGUACAUCGGGGUUGUGCACACACAUCAUCUGCAGGUGGGUCUGCUGUUCCUCAACGCUGGGAAGAAUGUGCUGUGUGAGAAACCCUUCGCCAUGAACCUCCGAGAGGUCAGACAGCUCGUCUCGGCCGCCCGCGAGAACAACGUCUUCCUCAUGGAGGCGGUCUGGUCCAGGUGUUUCCCCUUGUAUGCUGAGGUCGGCAGGCUGCUCUCAGAAAACACCAUCGGGGAGGUGAAGAUGGUGAAGGCGUAUUUCGGUCUUCCUCUGCUGGACCGUGAGCGCAGCACACAGAAGGAGCAGGGUGGAGGAGCGCUGAUGGACAUCGGCAUCUACUGCCUACAGUUCGCUCUGAUGGUGUUCAAGGGGGAAAGACCAGAAUCCAUCCACGCCACGGGAGUCCUGCUUCCCUCAGGGGUUGAUGAGUCGAUGGUGGUGGUCCUGAAGUUCUCGGGGAACAGGAUGGCUGUGUGUGUCUGCUCCAUCGCCUGUGAUCUUCCCAAUGAUGCCACCAUCUGCGGAAGCAAAGGCAUGAUCCGAGUGGCGCACCCCAUGCACUGCCCAACCGUUCUGGAGCUGAAUGGUAAAAAGACAGAGUUCCCUCUUCCUGAACCCGGCCUGCCUCUGAACUUCCACAACAGCACAGGACUGAGAUACGAGGCAGAGGAAGUGAGGCGCUGUCUGCUGAAAGGACUGAAGGAGAGCAUCAAGAUGUCACUCACAGACUCAGAGCUGCUCACUGAGAUCAUGGAUGAGGCCCGGAGACAGGUGGGCGUGGUUUAUGAUCAGGACACCCAAUGACGGGCCUGCAUUCCUUGAUUGACCUGCGCUGGAUGGUGCUACUCAUGAUGCAAAGAAACAAUCAUGCUUGAAUGAAAUGUCUUGGAGACAAAUUGUGUGUAAUAAAAGUGACACAAACACAGCGGAAUGUGUGGAAUCUCUUCAUUAAUUCAUUAUGAUAGUCAAAAGAGUGUUGCUGAUUUAUAGAUUAUAUUGAGGGUUCGAAAUAUUGUGGACCACAAUACAAUACGAUUGUUUGCAUUUUUGCAUUUUUCACUUAAUAGCCAAUAUCCUUCAGUUUUACAUUGCAGCCAUAAAUCAUGAUGUUCUUCUGUUAAAAGCCUGUCAGUGGGUGAUAUUUGAGCUGAGUACUGAAAGUUAUUGAGAUAGAUACACUGUGAAUCAACAAUGCAAUUUUUGCAUUAAUUUAUAAUUAUUUAACAUUUUCUUGAAACAUUUCCACAAAUCCAUAAAUACUAUUUUAAAUAACUUGAUUUAUUUUAAACAUACAUCAACAAGCUUUCUUGGA